AUGAAUAACCUAAACAAUUAUAAGAGUUUUGAAGCAGAAUCAGACUCUGGAGAUUGCCUACGUCUUCUAUUCAUCAAGCGUAACAAAGCCAAAGAAGCUCUAAUGUACACAUGGUUUAUCCUUUCAUUUGGCCUCUUUUAUAUUCUGCACAUCUGAAUUGUGAAAUUUCAGCUUCUGAGUUUUGACAUCUGCGCACCUUAUGAAGCAACCCAUGUAGUGGUCACAGCCAAAGACCGCUCAAGAGCGAUUCGGGACAUAACCCCGCUUGAAGUCCCUUUAUCAGCUUUAGACCCGAACCAAGCAGACCAUACAAUUUUACUUCAAGUAAUUAUCAUAUAGACAUUUACGUUUAGAUUUAUCCGGUAUUACUUUUCAAUGCAGUCUCAUACAUUUUCAGCGCUAAAAUAUAGCUGUGCAUUGCCUUGUAAGGAUGUCCAUGAAAAAUUAGGGGAAGGUAUCACAUCUGAUGCCCAAUAUCAAGGAAAGUUAAGAAUUUUUGGGGCUUGCCUUAUAGAUGUCCCUAUGCCCACAAUAUGAGAAUUAUUAUAUAGGGAAAUUUUGCAUCCUUUUUUUAUAUUUCAAGUUUUCAGUAUUGUUCUGUGGUGCGUGGAAAAAUAUUUUCUAUAUUCUUUGACGAUUUUGAUUUUAUCAGUUGUCUCAGUGCUUUCUAAUUUAUUUGAGACAAAAAGAAACAUUAAAGCUGUUCGAGAAAUGGCUCUGUAUGAGUGUAUGAUAAAUGUGAAAAGAGAAAAUAAAUGGAUUGUUGCGAAUAGCACCCAGCUGGUACCUGGAGAUUUGAUAUUAUGUGUUCGCAUAAUUUCGGAGGGUUUCCGCAUGUCAGGCCAUUUCCCACCUGCGGAGUUUCCACACUUGAGUGACUUCAUGUGUGAUUUUGGUUCCAGACGUUUAAAAUAUCCCGAUGUGGGAGAUCCUCCCGAAAUUAUAUCAACGGAUAAUAGAAAUCCCAGAAAAUAUUUAUUUGCCGUGUGACGUUGUGCUAUUAACUCCCCCCCCCUCCGUCCGUGAGUGAACAAAACCAUUAGAAAAAUUGCCAUUUUUUGUCCAAAAACCCACCCUCCGUGAGUGAACAAAAAUUUUUUUAAUAGAAAAAAUUUUUUAUGGAAAAAAAAUUUGAUAUAUAUAUAAGUGAUAAUUAUUAUAAUGAAAUCACGAGCUAAUUCUGUUUAAUUUUAAACAAAUUGCUUUUUAAAACAUAAAUUUAUAUAAAAUUAAAUUAAUAUUUGAUUUCCAAUUUUUGCAAAUUAGGAUUUUUUUAAAGUUUCGAAAAAAAUUUUAUCUAUAAAAAAUUUAUAUAUAAUUUUUUUUAAAAAACAAAAUUUAACCCCCCUCCGUGAGUGAACAAAAUUUUUUUUGUUCACUCACGGAGGGGGGGGGGAGUAAGUGGAAUUGUUUUAGUGGAUGAAUCAAUGCUAACUGGGGAAUCCCAGCCUGUUCUUAAAGACCCGCUACCUAAAGGUUCCCCGCAAAUUUAUAGAGGAGACAAGCGACAUACUUUAAGCUCUGGCACCAAGCCCCUAAACUGCCGUGGAAACUCUUAUGGGAUUGUAAUUGCUACUGGCUUUUCAACAGCUAAAGGCGAGCUUGUCAGAUCAAUUCUUUUCCCAAAACCAAACAGAUUUAAGUUUAUCUCAGAAACCUUCAAAUAUAUCGGAAUGAUGGGAAUUUUGGCUAUUUUGGGAUUUUUUUAUUGCCUGGGUACUUUUAUGGAAGAAAAUAUCCCUGUUGUUAAUAUAAUUUUGCUAUCCCUUGAUUUAAUAACUAUUGCAGUUCCCCCUGCUCUGCCUUUAGCAAUGACUAUAGGUACUACUUUUGCAAUUAAUAGGCUGAAGAAAAAGAAUGUAAACUGCAUAUCCCCUCACGCUGUAAAUCCAGCUGGCCGAGUCUCUAUCAUAUGUUUUGAUAAGACAGGAACUUUAACAGAGGACCACAUGACUUUAAAAGGCGUUUAUGAUGCCUCAACCAACAAAAUAGAAAGCAAUUUAGAUAACUGUGUGUCGAUUUUGCAAGAAAGUAUGGCGACUUGCCAUUCUUUGACCACAAUUAAUGGAGAAAUGUAUGGAGACCCUCAAGAAAUAGCGAUUUUUAGAAGCAUUGGUUGGGAGUCUAAAGAAAGAGAUGGGAUUAGAAGUGUAAUUAGAAAUGAUGGUGAUGAAAUAAAGAUUAAGCAUUUAUUUCACUUUUCUCAAAUUACCAAACGGAUGGGUGUUAUUAUAGAAGCUGAAAAUCAGCUGAAACUGCAUUUAAAAGGCGCCCCUGAAGAAAUUUGUAAACUUUGUGCAAGUUUACCUGAAAAUAUUUCGCACACCAUUUUGCAUUUUUCUAGACAAGGGUAUAGACUAUUAGCCUGCGCCUAUAAAAAUAUAGAGAGCUAUAGUAGCGAUCAACAGCUUGGUGAAAUUGAAAAUGACUUAAUAUUUCUUGGUCUUAUUUUAUUACAAAAUGAAUUAAAGCCUGACUCAACUGAUGUGAUAGGAACCCUUCAAAGUGCAAGGGUCCGAUGUGUAAUGUCUACAGGAGAUGCUAUUCUUACUGGUUCUGCAGUUGGAAAAUUAUGUGGGAUCAUCCCUGGAGACUCACCAGUAUUUUUAGGUGAUAUUAACGGAGAGCACAUAGUAUGAGAAGAUGAAGAAGGCGACCCUAAAGAUUGAACUGACAUAACCGGAAUUUGUUGCUUAUCAAUCACAGGGAAUUUAUUAGAAUUUUUAAUUUAUUCUUCGCAUCCUUCUUUACCUUAUGUUUUAUCAAAAGGAGCUGUAUUUGGAAGAAUGUCUCCCCAGCAAAAAAUCAUGCUGGUUGAGCAAAUGCAAAAAGACGACACCCUUGUAGCUAUGGUAGGCGAUGGCGCCAAUGACUGUGGAGCCUUAAAAGGAGCUGAUGUAGGGCUGAGUCUCAGUGAAGCUGAAGCAUCAAUUGCUGCACCGUUUAGCUCAAAAGACCUAAGAGGGAUUAUAGAAAUUUUAAAAGAAGGCAGAGCUUCUCUGGUAACGUGCUUCCAAAGCUUUAAGUUCAUUACGAUGUAUAGUAUGAUUCAAUUUUUGUGCGUAAUGAUUCUCUAUACUCUUCAUAAUAGCUUGCAAGAUGCUCAAUUUCUUUAUCAAGAUUUAUUUAUGAUACUGCCUCUUGCUAUUUUUAUGGCUUAUACUGCAGCUUAUAAUUAUUUAUCGCCAGUAAUGCCGCCUGGAGCUUUGAUUUCGGUACCUGUAGUCUCAUCAAUUUUAGGACAAAUUUUGAUAUCUUUAACCAUGCUGAUUACAGGAUACUUGACAGUUCAUCAUCAAGACUGGUUUGUCCCCACUGAAAGUACAGUAGAGCACCCAAAGCAAGGUCCAGAAAAUACUGUUUUGUUCAUUUUGGCUUCAACACAAAUUCUGAUUGUAUGCAUGAGCUUCAGCAUAGGGCCGCCUUACAGACAGCCAGCAUAUGCAAACUACUGGUUCAGUAGCUGUGUAGUUAUUGUUUGGGUAAUAAGCGUGUAUUUUACUCUUACACCUGACACAUUUACAAGGAAAUUAUUAGCGAUUUAUGAUAUGCCUAUGGACUUCAAAGAGAAACUCUUGGGGAUUAUGUUUGCGAAUUUAGUUAUAGCAUGGGCUUAUGAGAAACUUGGUGUGAGAGUAAUAAUGUAUUGCUUUAAGAAAAUAAAGGAAAGGGGAACUGAUUAA